CAUGUGCACCCAUGUGCAGACAUGCGUUCACGUAUGCACAUGACCCACUGUGCAUAACGGUACAUUGAAGUAAGUUCUUAAUCGCUGAUUCCGCCUUGAUUUCAUAUUUGUUUACCUGGAAUUGUUGCUUGUAGCUUGGAAAGUUGACCGUUUUCGCGGGGUCCAAGUGACAAGCAACAACCAGAAAAAGAUCAGUCUCGCUUUUAAAUCUCAAACCCGCGCAUCGUAUUCUCUCCCCCUCAAAGUGAACCCAAGUGAAGUGAAAAGCAAAAAAGUGAUCUUACAUAUAUACAUAUAAACAAUCGUUAAAGAAAAGAACAUUACAAACAGUGAAACAAAAAUUAACAAACUCAAUUUUCAGACGUGAAGAAGACACUAAGAUACAACAUAAACCCACAAGAAGACCCAAAAUCAACACAACACAUGGUUAAACCAUCAAAGUGCGGGACACCAAAAAUAAACACAAGUGCGGGCCACUCUACACACCAUCAACAAAUUCCUAUAUCCUUAGACCCAAAAUCAAAAUGUGAAAUAACCUACUUACCCUCUAAAAUUAAAUUUUCCUACUUAAAGCUAAAGUUAAAAUUUCCUAUCCAAAACUAAAAGUAAAAUUCGCUACUUAAACUAAGAAUAAAUUGUGCUACUUCAUCCUAAAAGAAAUUAACUACUUAAUGCUACAUGUACAAUUGUCUAUCUAAAUUUACCUACAACAAAAGACUGAAUUCGAUUUACUACUUAUAAAUAAUGAAAUGAGCAACAAACACAAUAAACCAUUACAACAGCAUUGAAUUUUAAACCUAAUUCUCCCUCUGAUUUUUUAUUUCGAAAGGCAAAACCCUUAGUUUGACCCCAAACAUUUGGUCCUUCGAACCGGAUAAGUGGUUUUUUUAAAUAAUUAAAAAACCAAAAAUCAAAAAAAUUUUUCUGUUUUGUGCCCAAAAAUAAUUCAUUUUCAUUUCAAAAGACCCAGUGACCGAAACACAAAAAAAUUCGCAACAACAAAAGUGCAGUGACCCAACAAUUAAAAGCAAAUGAAAUAGAGAAAAACUCUAACGACACAAAGCUACAAAAAUUGCAAAAGGCGCCAACACACAAUUCUGGACCCAAGCCAAGCGCCCACCUACACACACACACACAUACACACACAUCAAAAAAGAAGCUUCAAAAUAAUGGCCGGAUAUUUACCUCGCCCAGAGUCCCCACGACCCGCCAGACCCACACGCCCUCGCUUCGACCCACGGGAACCCAGGUAUCGCCCCGCAUCUUGGCAGUAUGCCUGUGGCCUCUGCCAGGAGGACCACGCCAUACGGUCAUGCCCGCGGUUCCGGCAAAUGACACCGUAUCAGAGAUACGAGACAGUUGAGAGACGGAGUUACUGUCGGAACUGUCUGGCGCGCAGCCAUCUGGCCCCAGACUGCCCCGUGGUCACUGCCUGCCGAACAUGCGACUACCGCCAUCACACAAUGCUGCAUGGAGCCCCACAGCUUAGGGAGACAUAUGGCAGCUACAGCCCGCCCCCAAUGGAGAUUGCCAACCCACGGCAACUUGCAAUCGAACCAGCCAACCAGAUGCCCAUCGUCCAAGGCCCUCCCCCGGUCGAGAUACCUUACAGCCGGGCCACUGUUUUUGUACCCACGGCGAUGGUGGAAUUGGCACCCGAGGAGCAGGACGAUUGGGCUGGGGUACGGGUACUUUUGUGCCAGGCAUCGACCAUCACCCGAAUCGCGGCAGCCACAGUAACUCGCCUGGGGAUACCAACGAGAGAGCGCAGAGGGCACCGUCUGGCAACAAUAAGACUUCGGUCAAGGCAUGCGUCGAGGAGAACCAUGUAUACCAUCCGGGCAGUGGCGACCCGGGAUUUGCCGCGACGACCCUAUUCAGAUCCCAUCAUUCCCGACCCCACAAGCAGCCUAAGAUCCCUUUCUUUGGCAGACGCUGACCCUAGGGGCAACGAACCAAUCGAUGUAGAGGUAGGGGCCGAUGCCUACGCCCACCUCCGGAGGAGUGGUGUUGUACAACCCGGAUUGGGAGCCGUCUUCGCCCAGGAGACAGAUUGGGGAUACGUGUUCGUCGGCCCAGUCACCUCACAGGCAAGAAACCAAAAUUAAAAAGGUAAGAUGUCACUUCGUCACUUGGAGGGGGAGAAUGUUCAAGGUACGUUUGAACAUGAAGUCAUGUGCACCCAUGUGCAGACAUGCGUUCACGUAUGCACAUGACCCACUGUGCAUAACGGUACAUUGAAGUAAGUUCUUAAUCGCUGAUUCCGCCUUGAUUUCAUAUUUGUUUACCUGGAAUUGUUGCUUGUAGCUUGGAAAGUUGACCGUUUUCGCGGGGUCCAAGUGACAAGCAACAACCAGAAAAAGAUCAGUCUCGCUUUUAAAUCUCAAACCCGCGCAUCGUAUUCUCUCCCCCUCAAAGUGAACCCAAGUGAAGUGAAAAGCAAAAAAGUGAUCUUACAUAUAUACAUAUAAACAAUCGUUAAAGAAAAGAACAUUACAAACAGUGAAACAAAAAUUAACAAACUCAAUUUUCAGACGUGAAGAAGACACUAAGAUACAACAUAAACCCACAAGAAGACCCAAAAUCAACACAACACAUGGUUAAACCAUCAAAGUGCGGGACACCAAAAAUAAACACAAGUGCGGGCCACUCUACACACCAUCAACAAAUUCCUAUAUCCUUAGACCCAAAAUCAAAAUGUGAAAUAACCUACUUACCCUCUAAAAUUAAAUUUUCCUACUUAAAGCUAAAGUUAAAAUUUCCUAUCCAAAACUAAAAGUAAAAUUCGCUACUUAAACUAAGAAUAAAUUGUGCUACUUCAUCCUAAAAGAAAUUAACUACUUAAUGCUACAUGUACAAUUGUCUAUCUAAAUUUACCUACAACAAAAGACUGAAUUCGAUUUACUACUUAUAAAUAAUGAAAUGAGCAACAAACACAAUAAACCAUUACAACAGCAUUGAAUUUUAAACCUAA